AAUAUACUUUACAUUUAAAUGUAUUACCGCUUUUAAAUGUAUAUUUCAUAAACUACGUAAUCCGGGCCCGUUUUGGACACGGCAUUUCCAGGCCAUGCUGUGUAAGUCUCAAUGUUUUAUUUUGCAGCCGAUCCAUGCGCAUCAUCCCCUUGUCAGAAUGGAGGCACCUGCACAAUGGCCGGCGUUGAGUACGAGUGCAUCUGUCCUCCCAACUACAAUGGAACGAACUGUGAAAUUUCACUGGACCCGUGUGCGUCAAACCCCUGCCAGAAUGGAGGAACCUGCAUGGCAACGAAUGACAAAUUUGAGUGCAAAUGUCCAGCAACGCACAACGGGGCCCUCUGCGAGAUUCUGGUGGACCUGUGCGCUUCGAAUCCUUGCAAGAAUGGAGGCACGUGCACAGUAGAGGAUGGCGUGCUUGUGUGCCAGUGUCCUUCCUCCUACACUGGAAAAUACUGCGAGAAAAAAGAUAAUACCAUCACCAUCGUCAUCGCUGUGGUUUGCUCUGUUGGAGGAGUUUUGAUCAUUGCCGUCAUUGUUUUCGUCGUCUAUAAAAGAAAACGAUCCAGGUCAGUACUAAUAACUCGUAAAGCCUUUGUGUCUUUCUUAUAACUCGUUUGUGAUUCUAUCAUCCGUAUCGAAUGGGGGGGGAAGGCAUUGUCUAUUACCUGGUUGCUCCAAGGUCUUAAAGACCCCCACCCUGAAGGCUCCCCUAAUCCCACCGCCACACCUCCCCUGAACGUGGCGCGCUCUUUUGACAUCUGGCGCAGCGUGCAAACCCCGGCCAUUAUUCCACCGUCACUGUCUUGCUUUACCCAUCUCUUAGGAGAGGCAGCCACAGAUCCCGGGGCACACCUAGAAGGGUGCAGGUAUCGGCACUAUUGGCGAUAUCCCGAAUAUAGAUAAGCGGUUACACACCUUCUGAGACCUUCAACAAUGAAGUAAUAACAUGAAACUGCGCACAGUCACUCUGGAGGAAAAUUACUCCCCCAUUCUGAGCUCUGGAACUCUGCCUAGCCUCGAAUCAUAAUGCUAGCCAUCGAACAAAGAUGGCCACUGCAUCGCUCGUUUUUGGAUGGCUUCUCUGGUUGUCUAGAAUGU